AUGGCCAGGCCGGAACAGGUUCUGCUCUUGGAGCCUCAGCACGAACUGAAAUUCCGAGGUCCAUUCUCUGACGUGGUCACCACCAAUCUCAAGCUCGCCAACCCUACAGACCGGAAUGUGUGUUUUAAGGUGAAGACCACCGCUCCACGCCGGUACUGCGUGCGGCCAAAUAGCGGAAUCAUCGAUGCGGGCACUUCCAUCAAUGUAUCGGUCAUGCUGCAGCCUUUUGAUUACGACCCCAACGAAAAGAGCAAACACAAGUUCAUGGUUCAGUCCAUGCUAGCGCCCCCGGACAUGACCGACAUGGAGGGUGUGUGGAAGGAGGCGAAGCCAGAGGAGCUGAUGGACUCCAAGUUGAGGUGUGUUUUUGAGAUGCCAGCAGAGAACGAAAAAACACACGACAUGGAGUCCAACAAGAUAAUGUCGUCCAGCUUGCUGAAGUCCGAGUCCUCCUCACUGCCGUCCAAGUCUAUGAGCUCCACCCUGGAUGACGGCGAGGUGAAGAAGAUCAUGGAGGAGUGCAAGAGGCUCCAGAUGGAGGCUCAGAGGCUACGGGAAGAGAACAAACAAAUAAGGGAGGACGACGGCCUGCGGAUGAGGAAGAGCAACGUGAUGUCCUCCCAGCACUCCUCGGCCAUCCUGAAAAAAGACGAAGGCCUGAGCGCCCGCACGGCCGCACUCUACAUCCUCUUCUUUUUGGUGGGCGUCAUUGUGGGCAAAUUGGUCUUGUAG